AAAAAAUUUAUUGGCAUCUGAUAUAUCAGAUCCAAUCUCCUUUCUUCUCUGCGCUUGCUCCUGUAAUGGAGAGAGCAGCAGCAACAACCACAGUAACAAAAACUAUUAACUUCCUUGCAGCUUCUAAUGCCGGAAGAAUGGCUACCACUUCAUAUUUAAUCCAAACGCCAUGGCCUUCCACCAGACCAGAAACACUUGCUAUUUAUGCCUCCGGUAGAUCUUUCUGCACUACCUUUCCAACCCACCAAAGAGCUCAAUUCACCACCUCUAGAUACAGCACCCUCUUUCUCACUCAUUGCUCCACUAAACCAGGCAUUGACAACACUAAUGCUACAAAUAGAAACCCUGCCAUUGGAUUAGAAUCCAAUUCAAAAGCACAACAUAUAGCGACUCCCACGCCAAAUCAAGCCCUCACAUCAACAUGGUCUAGAGGUUUGGUUUUUGACUUGGGUCCAAAAAACUCCUGGGAUAGCACAGAAAUAGGGUCUCCGGUUGUGAAAAGAUUUAUUGGCGACAAUGAAGAACGGUGGUACAUGUGGUACCAUGGAAGCUAUGAUGGUAAUAGUAAUUCUGAUUCCAUCGGACUAGCAGUUUCAAGUAAUGGAAUUCACUGGGCACGAGGUCCAGGAAACGUUAGGUCUUGUGCAGAUGCAGGUGUGGUGAUGAAUUGCAGCAAGAACUGGUGGGCUUUUGACACCGAGAGCAUUAGGCCCUCUGAGAUGGUCAUAAUGUCUAGCCCAAUGUACAGCGCGGUGUAUUGGCUUUACUACACAGGAUUUAGUUCUGAAGAAGUAGAGAUUCCAGAAGCUCCACAAAUUUCUGUUGAGAACCCAGAGAAAGUUCACCUCGAAAAUGUUAAGAAUGGAAGUCAAGUGAUUGGUAAAAUUUGCAAGUCUCUUCCAGGCUUAGCAUGCAGCCAAGAUGGUAGGCACUGGGCCAGAAUAGAAGGAGAUCAUCACUCUGGAGCUUUACUUGAUGUAGGGACAGGGAAGGAAUGGGAUUCUUUGUUUAUUGCUGGACCUAAGGUGGUUGUGCAUUCUAAUGAAGAUCUCAGAAUGUAUUACUAUUCAUUUGAUGUUGAAAAGGGGCAGUUUGCUGUUGGACUUGCAAGAUCCAGAGAUGGAAUCAGAUGGGUGAAAUUGGGAAAAAUAAUGGGUGGGGGAUCAAAAGGUUUGUUUGAUGAACUUGGUGCGAAGAAUGCAUCUGUGGUAAAAAACCCAAAAGACGGGAAAUAUUUGAUGGCGUAUGAGGGUGUUGAUGCCCAUGGAAACAGGAGUAUAGGACUGGCAGAAUCUUCUGAUGGGCUAAAAACUUGGAAGAAAGUACAAGAAGAACCAAUUUUAAAGGCUUCAGAAGAGGAUGCAUGGGACAACAAAGGAGUGGGAUGUCCAUGUCUAGUUCCAAUGGAAGAUAAUGUAGAUGAAUGGAGAUUGUAUUAUGUGGGUGUUGGGGAAGGAGGAAGGACAGGAAUAGGAAUGGCAAUUUCAGAAGGCAGUAAGAUUAGAAGUUUCAGAAGAUGGGCAGGUUUUCAGUUGUAAGAUAAAAAUGUAUAGUCUUGGUGUAUUUUAACAUAGUCCCUACUUGUUCAAUCAAACUGGUUUUCACACUAUAUACAUGUGAUCAGCAAAUGUAUAUUUAAUAAUUGAAAUUAGCUAAGCUUUCAAAUUCA